CGGGGGCAGACGGCGACCGGCAAUGCAGCCGGGAAGUUUCCGCCGCUACGGUCCAGCCUCGGACCCUCCCCAUCUCCAUCUACAUUGCCCCUACGGACCAAACUCCACCUUGGUCAUUAAACAAUGGCGAAUGGCGCAUGCCCACGGCCAAGGCGGCCAGCAUAUAGAACAAGUCCGCCUUGUUGUUUACACCGGCCAUGUGGCACGCCUCCACGCCGCGCCGGCCGUCCUUCCUUGGCGCCUCUCCUACAUAACGCACCUUCACUGCUCUCACUCCCUUUGAUGGCUUCUUCCCCCACCACAACCUCCACCAACAACUCGCCAUUGCCGCACUAGCCUGCUAGCUGGUAGCUCUCUCUGCGGCGGCAAGCGAGGAGAGCGCGUACGUGAAGGUUGAGAGAAGGGUGGGUCGAGAUGGACCGGCUGGUGAUCCCGGAGCCGACGAACGAGGUGGUGGUGCGGGUGGAGCCGGGGCGGCCGGCCAAGGGGGAGCUGACGCUGCGCAACGCCAUGCACACCAUGCCCGUCGCCUUCCGCCUGCAGCCGGCCGUGAGGGGCCGCUUCGCCGUGCGCCCGCACACCGGGAUCCUGGCGCCGCUCGCCGCGGUCACCGUCGAGGUGCUCUACAUGGCCUCGGAGGCGCCCGACGGGCCUGGCGGGGGAGGCAGCCGCGGGGAGGACGCCUUCUUGCUGCACAGCGUGGUGGCGCCCGGCGCCUCGGUCAGGGAGCCCGUCUCUGCGCUGGACUCCGUGAACCCUGAGUGGUUCUCCGCGAGGAAGAAGCAGGUGUUCGUGGACAGCGGCAUCCGGGCGUCCUUCGUGGGCGCCGAGGUCGCGGCGCGCCUCGUCGCCACCGGGGCCGUCGAGGCGCUCAGGGAGGUGCUCGACCGCAGCGACCCCGCGUGGCGCGCCGCGGACGCCGAGGACGAGUCCGGGAGCACGCUGCUCGACCUCGCGGUCGGCCUCGGCCGCGCGGACAUCGUCCAGGUGCUCCUCGAGUACGGCGCCGACGCCGACAAGCCCAGCCGCGGGAGGACACCCCUCGAGAUUGCUGCGGCGUCCGGCGAGUGCCUCAUCGCGGAGCUCCUCCUCGCCAACGGAGCCAAGCACGCCGGCUCCGACGCGCUCCACGUGGCCGCCGCGGCCGGACACGACGAUGUCUUGAAGCUGCUUCUCGGAAAGCCCGCGUCUGCUUCUCCCCGCUCAUCCUCCUCCUCCGCUUCCUUCUCCGGUUCCUUCACCUCCAUCGACGCGGCGGGGAGGGAGGGCAAGACACCUCUGCGGCUGGCGGCGGAGGGUGGCCGGCGGGAAGCGGUGAAGGCGCUCCUCGCGGCGGGCGCGAGGGCCGACACGAGGUGCGGCACGGACGGCGGCACCGCCCUCCACGCCGCGGCAAGGCGGGGCGACGAGGCCGUCGCCCGCCUGAUCCUGGCGCACGGCGUGGCCGGCACGGCCUCGGUGCGCGACGCCAAAGGCAAGACGGCCUACGAAACCGCAGCCGAGGAGGGCCACACCGGGCGGAUCAUGGACUUCCUAGGGCUCGGCGAGGCGAUCCUGGCGGCCGCGCGGAAGGGUGAGGCCCGGGCCGUCCGUCGGGCCGCGGACGGCGGCGCGUCCGUGGAAGGGCGGGACGCGCACGGGUGGACACCGCUGAUGCGCGCCGCGUUCAAGGGGCGCGCCGACGCGGUGCGCGACCUCAUCGAGCGGGGCGUCGACGUGGAGGCGUGCGACGCCGAGGGCUACACGGCGCUGCACUGCGCCGCCGAGGCGGGGCGCUCGGACGUGGUGGACAUCCUCCUAAAGGCCGGGGCCAACGCUAGGGCAGCAACGGCGAAGGGGAGGACGGCCGCGGCAUCUGCAGCGGUGACAGGCAAGGCCAAGGUGGUGCGGCUGCUUGAGAAGGCUGGCGGGGUCGGGCGGAAGGGUGCCAGCGAGAAGGCGUCGCCGGCGGUGGCCAAGGGCGGGAGCAUGGACAGGCGGCGGAGGGGGAGGAAGGGGAGCAGCGGCGCCAUACGGUUCGGUGGCGGGAAGGAGGGGUACGAAGCCGCCACGGUCACCGUCGGGUGGUCCCACUAGCGGUUGGUAAACUUUGGGGGUUUCGGUUGAAGAAAAUGAAAUGGCCCGUCGAGAGAAAAUGCAUGGGAGGUUGUGAUUAGUCAGGUGAGAUGGUGAUUUUUAAUUUGUUUUUCAAGGAAGCGAUAUGUUUUUACCGUGGUACUCUAGUGUAAUGUACACACUUUGUAUAAAUGGAAUUGUUCAAAGGUUUCAUUGCUC